ACGAGAUAGUGUUGGGAGUUUUGGCCGUACGAUUAUUUGUCUAUAGCAUAAGAAAUACCAUACAGGGCUAAUCGACAGGUGUAUCAGUAAACAUCCAAUACCUAUAUAACCGUACUACAGAUAGGAGUUUACCUGUACUGGAAAGGUAACAGUUCAGGUGUGAGGACUCUACUGAAACUGUCCCUGGGAGAACUUUCGUGUUAGGAGAUGUAGAUAUAUUCUUCAACUUGUUUUGUCCGGUAUUAAAUCUCAAGCGUAUUGUUACACUUGCGGAUGUACACGCGUAAGUGAAUAUUUACAUAUUUUAUUUGAUUUCAACAUCUAAUGCCGUUAUAUAGGUUGAGCGUGCCCUGACAUAAAGCACCACGAGAUAUUGAUGUUUUCUGACAUUUAACAGUGGACGUGGCUGCUAUCGCUCUAGGUAGUCCAGGAUAAACACAUCACACCUGGAGUUAAACCAUACACAGCGCAACCUGUGCCUAGUUUGGUAUUGUGUGGAAUAUUUAACAGUCAUAGGAAGUGGACAUACUUCUCUAGAUACUACUUUCAUUUGGUAAGAUACUGGAUAAGAAAUACAAUGUCUUGCGAAGUGAUUUUAAAAUGAUUUAAUGAAAGAGACAAAAUUCAUCAUGUUUCGGAUAGCUUCCUACUCCUCUGCUGAUGGCCACCCUCUGUCUCUCGAGUCAGAGCGGAGAAAGGCUAUGAGUUUAGUGUUCGCUGUUGAACGAGAACUGGAAACGUUCUACAACAAAUGGUUGAAAACGGCAAACGAUGACCAUGUGGAUGAAUGGGUCACAUACCUCACAGCUGUCAAAGGCAAGAUAGGAGUGAAACAGUGGUCCAGCUACAAAGAAUUUGCCUUUCACAUGGAAAAAGUCAAAGAACAAUCCAUCGCAAACGCCAACAAGAAGAUAUACUUGGAACUGAAAAGAGUCGUGAAUCGUGCAAAAGCAUUUGACGCCAUGAUUGUUCAAAGUAGAAGGCGACUGCAAAGUGCGCUACAUGACCAUGUACGCAAAUAUUGUCUAAGCUUCUGCCAGGAAACUGCAUGUAAAGAUAUUUUAGCAGCGCAAGAAUACGAGAAUCACAUCGGAGUGUGGACAGAGAAAGUUCUGGAUGGCAUUGCGUUGCUGGAAAACCGUUUUCGAGACUACCAUGAAUUUGCCUUGUCCAAUUUCGAAGAAUAUAUCCAACGCUACGGUACACUGUUGCAUUUGAUGUCAGAAGUCAUUGAAGUGUUUCCGAAAAUCACAGCUCCUAUCAAAGACUGGGUAACAGCAGAUGAGGCCUACCCGAGGAAACUGCUCGAUGAAUCUAACAAAUAUCUACAACAGAAGCUGGAUAUCACAGAAAACAUACGCAGGCGACAUAUGAACUCUGAGGAGCGAAAAGGAAAAGUGAAGAGGUCAGGGUUUAAUUCAAAGUUAAUAAAUGGUAAGCUCCAGCAUGUACUGACAGAGAGGAGGGUAUGUCGGAAACAGGAACUGGCAUACUCGGAUACACUGGGAUUUAUAAACGACGAAAUAGAAAUGCAGAAAGAGGACUUGAUUGAAACCCUUGAUAAACUUCAUCACAAGGACACAACGACGCAGAAAGCUGUAGAUAUGAUAAUGGAAAAUGCAGAAAGCAUAAGGCAGGAAAUCAAACAAUUGGAAAAACGUGCUAAAAUGAUAACAAAGAAAAUGAUGGAUAUCAAAAAGGGAAGAUACGAGGUGCAGAAAGAGGUUCAUAAACUGAAGAAAGUGUACGAAGGAAGUAUUAAAGUGACAUCAAGAAUGUACGAUGCAUUUGACAAAGACGAACGUGACACACGUGAACUGGAGGAAGCACAGAGGAAACUGAUAGUCAAAGUCAAAGCAGCCAAAAAGAUUCGAGACGUCAAGAUGAACGCAAUGACUGUCAAAAUGGUGCAUGCUCAUGGAUAUAUGCCAGGCUUGUUGCAGGACAUCGACAGUGGAGGACAAUCCUUCCGACCACAAUCUCUGGACUCUCCCAAGACCUCGAUACAAUCUUUUGACAAAUGGCAGCGCCUUAGUUACAGAGCGUCCAACAAGUCGCUUGACAGGGCACGUGAAAGUCUGGAGAAGCAGACGAUGACGGACAACAUGCGUCGAAUGAUCAUUGUAACAUAAGACUUCGAAACAUUGUACCUGUCCAAACCGAACAACACCGGAUUCUACUGGAUUCUGUUUACCCCAUUCACACCUGAAGACACAUUUGAACUCUUCCAACUCACAUUUUCAAGUGUCAGUACAAUUUUAAAAAGGAUAACACUUACCAGUAGCAUAGAGAUUAUCGUUAUGUGUGGAAACAUAAUGGAGCAUCAGAAUUAAUGGGACAAUACCACCGACCAGUAACACAUAUAUAUAUAGCACGUGUGGGUUGGAUGAAAUAAAAAGGGGAGCAACGUUGACUAACGUUAGUAGGGGAGUGAAAAGAAUGAGAAUAAACAUAUAAUCUAGAGUAUCAUCAGCACUGGCAAAAAUGAAAAAGUGAUUAUUUGAACAUGGGGAAUAUUAUGUCAUAGACUUAGAAUAACAUUUUAAAGCAUAAUUACUUAAUGACAGGGACAGCAACAUAACCAGUGUUACGUGGAGUAACAUAUCGGAGAAUAUUCAUAAAAUGAAAUUUAAAGAUAUCAACAUUGACUAGCAACGCAGUGUUAAGUAGCAUCAUGAAUGAAGGAAGAGGUUUCAGACUUAGUCCAAAAUUAGUACUCUUUAAAAUUUGUUCGUGCAAGGGUCAUGCGUGGACGAUUCUGAAUCGUCCACGCACGACUCUUGCAAAUUCUAUUUAGCGUCUUCACAGUGACAGCGCCACACAUAGGUAUAUAUAGAUGUUGAUUAAAAAUGACUGAAACAGAUUUCUAUAGGGAUGACCAAUUAGCAUUGCUCUUGAUGACCCAUUAGCAUUGCUCUUGUUGAUGAAUAUACAUGUAUUUAUAUAUAAAAUGUUUUUGUUUUGAAUUUGUAUUUAUUUUAUAAGCAAUCUGUGAUAAAGAACGAUAGUUUUUAUAUGGCACAUGUGCUGUACAAUUAGUGUUCAAUUGCACUUGGGAUAAAUAGUAUCAAAUUCCCUAUGACAGCCUUGUCGUUAUGACAAGUUGAAAAUAGUUUAGAAACAUCAUUUCUAAUAAUAUCUCAUUUCGUAAUUUUCGCAUUGCACAUUUAAACAUACAAAUGCAGUAUAUAUUAGACGGAUUUGUAAACAAAGCUCAACUCUUUCCAUACUUCGGUCAAUAAUACUUAACGCCACAAAAUCAUGUUGUAUCUUCAUUGACUCAACGACAAAGUGAAAUUUUCCAUUUGAGUGUUUCCUGGCUAAAUUACGGAAGAUGUUUUGCAAAGAAACAGGUUGAAUGAACUGAAUGAAAGAGUUGCUUUGUAUAUUCUUCUAUUAUAGCAUCAGGUCUCACUCGGUGUAUUCAUUACAGUAACAAGUAUGUGUUUGUCUUGCAUCGAUCAUUAAGAAUGUGUAUAAGUAUAUUUAAACUUUCCUAUAAUAUCUAUCAGUAGGUGAAUAAAGAUAAUCAAAACCAUUU